GCAGGUUGUUGUGACACACGGUGCUCAUUUACUGUGACACAGUAGAAAUGCGCAUGCGCGGUGAGAGCGGCAUGUUGCGGCGCGGCUGGGCGACACCGCGUGUAUCCGUAUGAACUUUUCAUUCGCCUGUCUAUUUACAUGCCAUAAGUGGCAAUAUUUUAUUUGAUAAUUACAAACUUCGUUUGCCAUGGGGAAAACGAAGACGAAGAACCAGAAGAAGGCGCGCGUGCAGGCGGCGCACGUGGCGCACGAGCAGUUCGGCGCGUUCCCGCACUCGUUCGUCUUCCAUCGCGGGCAGAUCGGAAAGAACGGCGCGCAGCUCGUGCACGACAUGCGGCGCGUCAUGCAGCCCUACACCGCCGAGUCCCUCAAAGUACGGAAGAAAAAUGUACUGAAGGAUUUCGUGGCAGUGGCAGGACCGCUGGGAGUCACGCACUUCCUCAUCUUCACCAAAACCCCCAGCAGCAUUAACCUGCGUCUGGCUCGACUGCCCAAAGGUCCCAUGCUGCACUUCAGAGUGGUCAAAUACUCCCUCGUUAAGGACGUGGUCUCCUCUCUGAAGAGGCACCGGAUGCAUGAGCAACAGUUUUCUCACCACCCUCUGCUGGUGCUGAAUAACUUCGGCCUGGAGGGACUUCACGUCAAGCUGAUGGCCACCAUGUUCCAAAACAUGUUCCCCUCCAUCAACGUGCACAAGGUGAACCUCAACACCAUAAAAAGAUGCGUGCUGCUGCACUACGACCCGCUGUCGCAGGAAGUGGAGUUUCGGCAUUACAGUCUGAAGGUGGUGCCAGUGGGAAUGAGUCGCGGGGUGAAGAAGCUGAUGCAGGAGCGUUUCCCCAACAUGAGCAAGCUGGACGACGUCAGCGAGCUGCUGCUCAGAGGGGCGAACCUGUCGGAGAGUGAGGCGGAGCAGGACGGAGACCACAACAUCACGGAGCUGCCACAGGUUUACUCUGGGCGUGGAAAUAUGAGGUCACAGCAGAGUGCCGUGCGUCUGACAGAGAUCGGGCCGCGGCUGACCCUGCGUUUGGUGAAGAUUGAGGAGGGUCUGGGAGAGGGCAGCGUGCUGUACCACGCAGUCAUCUCAAAGACGGAGGAGGAGCUGCAGGAGAUCCUGAGCAGGAAGGAGGCGGAGCUGCAGCAGAAGGAGGAGCGCAGGCACAAGCAGGAGCUCAACGUGGCCAAGAAGAAGGAGAAGCGGGAGGAGAACAGGAAGAAAAGCUUGGAGGGCAUAAAGAGGCAGAGGCAGGAGCAGCAGGGCGACUCGGAUGAAAGUGGAGUGGAGGAUCCUGGGAAACAGGAGGACCAGGCUGCUUCAGAUGAGUCGGAAGAUGAGGCGGAGUACUACAGGCAGGCAGUGGGGGAGGAGCCAGACGAAGAUAUGUUCUCCAAAGCCAAGAGGAAGAGAGGAGCAGACAGAGGCCCCGCACCCUUCAAAAAGAGGAGGCUGGGCCCUGGGAGGAGCGCAGGCCGGGACGGGGCCCCCAGACUGAGGAAGAGCAAGCAAGCAGGCGGAGGAGGGGAGGGACAGCCGCCCCGCAAGGGGGGCAAGACGCUGUGGGGGAAGAAGAUUGGAGAAGGAGGUCCGAAAUUUAAGGGACAGAAGAGCAAACCCUGGCCGGGUGCGAAGAAGAAGGGGCGGGCUGGCGGAGGGGGGCCCAAGGGGUUCAGACAGAGGCCCGGGAAAGGCCGGCCAUGACCUGUCCGUCACAGACUGACUGUCAGUCCCACCCCCUCCCAGACACAGGUGCUUUGUAAAGCCCGGCCCCAUGUCUGAGAGGAGGGGUGAUGUCAUGUUGGUGCCCUGAACAGCC